AUGGAAAAUAUAAAGAAAGAUGAAGCCCAAGAUCAGAAGCAUGAUGAACUUGCUGAAUCACUAAAUGAUCUCUUCAGUAGUGUCGCCACCAUGAUCAAAUCGGAGCUUCAGGGGACUAAUAAUCAUCUAGAGCUAGUGGAGAAAAUGAAUGCAAAAGUUGCAGAAGAGUAUAAAGGGUUUGGUGAUUUGGCUUCAGGGUUAAGGGUGUUUGUGGAGCAAUUGAAAUGCAAGAGUGGUAGCUUUAACGAGUAUGUUGAGCAGAUUGAUGCCAUAGAAAAGCAAGUGACCGAAUUUGAAGCGGUGGUCUCUAUGCUUGAUAAAUAUGUGGCUUUGUUGGAAUCAAGAGUCCAAUCUCUUUACCAAACCAAAAAUCCAUCUUCCUAA